GAGGGGGCUCCGGGGUUGAGUCAUCCUUGGAACUUUGGGACUUGCAAAACAACAAGAAGGCAGCUCAUUGUUGUUGUUUUAUUUGACAUUCAUUGAGCUCGGUGGGGAGAAUGAUAUAGAUUCAAAAACCUUGAAAGCUUUAUUAGUGAGCUAGCAUCUCAAUAAAUCUGCCAAAUGGGGAAUAAAAUGAGCAGAUGCUAAAACGAAGCAUCCACUGCAUCUCUAAGUACUGCUUUAUACGAGGCGCACGGCACUUAACGCACGCUGUGCGUCCUGACGCCUGUUAUAAAACCCAUGUGGCCUGGUACGUGUCACAUUGUCCAGCCGACGAAAUAUUUCCUCCCAUAAGGAUGUGAGGCAGACGUUAAAGUGAACAGCGUUCGUCUGCAGCGGGGUUCAGUACGGGCCGGCCUCGAGCACGCUCCGUGGAUCAAAGUAAUCUCUGUUAAAUCAGCGUCAGUGCACCGUCCGCAUGCUAUUUAAUCCCUCAUUGGCAUAUUAUCCACAUUUCAGAUGAGGACAUCAAAGAUCUGCGUUUGCAUUGAAUUUUUGCAUCACUUCAGCUGUUGUUCUAAAUCUCUGAUGUAGUUUUAAUUUUAGAAGUAUUGCUUUUUUUUUUUGCAGCAAGUGACAGGAUUUUCAUGUUUAAAUUAUUAUAUAUUUUUUUUUUAACCCAUCUCCUCCUAAAGGUCUUGCCCUCCUGUUCCUCGGCAUCCCCUCUCAUUUUACCUCCCUCGCUCCUUGUGGCUUCCCAGCGAAUGAAACAGAACAUGGUUCCUCAUUAUGAGCCUGACUCCUCCCUCCCUUUGACUGGUGCUGUUUCUCCUCCCUCCCUCUUGUGUGGAGAGCUCGGCAGCGAGCUUUAAUCCCGGAUUGCGCUGCCCUGCCGUCUGCAUCCCGUCGUUGCUGGGAGAGCAUGGCACGGCUCCAGGACCCCUGUGCUCACACAGGAGAGAAGUGAACGAACAGCAGAGAGGCAGAAAGGGAAAAGAGGUACAGUUGGAGUGUUUCACGACUGUCAACAGCUGCUUGAGCGCUGCACUGCCCUGAGUGUUAUUGAGUUUCUGUCACACACACUCUCUCACAUAACAAGAGAGCAAAGAGAGGAGAAAAAAAAAACAAAAAGAAACAAAAAGGAAAAGGAUGGAAGCCAGUUUGUUGCAGCAGCUGUGGGUGCAAUUGUGAGCGAGGAAGCCUCGGUCACAUCCUGGGUGCCACCACAUCGCAACCUCUCGCCGCUCCGCGCUUCAUCUUCCGCACCGCUCACUCUUAGGACGGAUUAAACUUCUUCCUUUUUUUUUCUUUUUUUUUUUUUCUUAUCUCGUGUUGGCAACAUCUGACACACUCCGUCUGACAUGGAGUCCCCCACCAAAGAGAUCGAGGAGUUUGAAAGCACGGCCCUGAAGUACCUCCAGCCAGAGCAGAUAGAGAAGAUUUGGCUGAGGCUCCGAGGACUAUUACGAUGCCUGGUGAAGCAACUGGAGAGAGGAGAGGCUUCCCUCGCUGACCUCAAGAAGAACCUCGAGUAUGCAGCGUCUGUGCUGGAAUCUGUUUACAUCGAGGAGACAAGGCGCUUGGUGGACACAGAGGAUGAGCUCAGCGACAUCCAGUCGGAGUCGGUGCCUUCGGAGGUGCGGGACUGGCUGGCCUCCACCUUCACCAGACAGAUGGGCCUGAUGCUGCGGCGCAAUGAGGAAAAGCCGCGCUUCCGCAGCAUCGUCCACGCCGUCCAGGCUGGCAUAUUUGUUGAGAGGAUGUACCGACGUACCUCCAAUAUGGUGGGACUCAGCUACCCUGCGACUGUCAUAUCUGUGCUUAAGAAUGUUGACAAGUGGUCGUUUGACGUGUUCGCCCUAAACGAAGCCAGCGGGGACCACGCGCUCAAAUUCAUAUUCUACGAGUUGCUCACGAGAUAUGAUCUCAUCAGCCGUUUCAAGAUCCCGAUAUCUGCGGUGGUGUCAUUCGUGGAGGCCUUAGAAGUUGGCUACAGCAAACAUAAAAACCCCUAUCACAACCUGAUCCACGCUGCUGACGUCACACAGACUGUUCACUACCUGCUGCUGAAGACUGGCAUGGUGCAUUGGCUGACUGAGCUUGAGAUCUUUGCCAUGAUCUUUGCGGCGGCCGUGCACGACUACGAGCACACGGGGACCACAAACAACUUCCACAUUCAGACAAGGUCAGACACAGCCAUCCUGUACAAUGACCGCUCAGUGCUGGAGAGUCACCAUGUCAGCGCGGCCUACCGCCUGCUGCAGGACGACGAUGAGAUGAACAUCCUCUACAACCUCUCCAAGGAUGACUGGAGAGAGCUGCGGGCUCUGGUGGUGGAGAUGGUGCUGGCCACAGAUAUGUCCUGCCACUUCCAGCAGGUUAAGGCCAUGAAGAACUUCCUACAACAGCCUGAGGGCAUAGACAAGCCCAAAGCUCUGUCCCUGCUGCUGCACACCGCCGACAUCAGCCACCCAGCCAAAAGCUGGGACGUCCACCACCGCUGGACCACCUCCCUGCUCGAGGAGUUCUUCAGACAGGGGGACAAAGAAGCUGAGCUCGGGCUGCCGUUCUCUCCGCUCUGCGACCGAAAGUCGACGAUGGUGGCGCAGUCCCAGAUCGGGUUCAUAGACUUCAUCGUGGUGCCCACCUUCACCGUGCUAACAGACAUGAUGGAGCGUAUCGUCACGCCGCUCAUUGACGAGGCCUCCCAUUCAGGUUUCGCCGGCUUCAGGCGUUCAAGUCUGAAUAGUAUUAGCUCGGAUGAAGCCAAGAGGCACAGCAUCAAGAGCGCUGACAGCAGCUCGUCCGGCCAGAGCUCUCUGCUGACGGUCGACAUGAAGAACUUCAAGGCGUUGUGGAACGAAGAGGUGUAUCAGAACAGGGAGAGGUGGAAAGCCCAGGCUGCUAAAGAAGCGGAGGAGAGAGCCAAAAAGGAAGCCGAGGAGCUGGCCCAGCAGGAGGAGGCUAUGGAGCCCCAGGAGCCCCAGGAAUCCGAACAGCCUGAACCAAAGGAGGACAAACUGGAGGAGGAGGCGCCCGAGUCGGCAGAGGUCAGCAGACCGCCAGAUGGCAACACAGGGGAAACGGAGCAGGCAGCGCCGCCCGGGAGCGCCACGCACAAGAAUCCUCCACUGCAGAACGGAGAGUUGUCAGAAGGGGCUGAAUCUCCAGAGGAUGAAGAAAAGAAGAACAAAGGAGUCGAUGCAGAGGCAGUGAUGGAGUAAGCGAUCACAGCCUUACUGCUGCUGCACUGCGGUCGACCUGGACCUGCGUUUGAACCCUGAACGGGCGAACUGAUAAUAUAAUAUAGGGAAAGCCAUUAGUUGGACUGUGUCGCCCCCUUCAGGACGCAGAUAAACUGACACCUUUGCUUCCUUUUUAUUUUUUAUUUUUUAAUGAUCAACUGUUAAAAUCUUUCUUUUACCAUAUCUUUACUCCCAGGCUCUUCUACACAGAGCCACGUGCAUUACUCCUCCCUUCCUGCUAGCUGGUAAAGAACCUUAAAAUAAGAGAGCGGGCUGAAGAGGAGCCUUUUACCAGACUGCUGUCGUUUUUAGCUUUCCCUUCUUUUACUCAACUCUUAUGUUUAAUCCAAACACAGACAUGUAGCCGUUGAUCUAGCCCAACUUCCACCUGCUGCAGCACUCCUUAUUACAUUUAUUAGUCUGGUGAAUCGAAAGAUUUUCUUUGCAAAUGAAUACGUGAAUGCAGAUCUGUGUGCACUGGAGAGUAAAUGCACAUUCAGAGGGACUUUUACAACUGCUGCACGCCACACACAACACACACGUGUACAGCACACUGGGGUUACAUUCGCACGUCUACAGCACUACUAUUUUCUUAAACACACUCUGGCAUAGAACCCCUUGUUGUUGUGCUUUUGGAGCCUCCGUUUGUGGCUCACUCCCCCCUCAACAUGUUUACUUUCUUAGUGCUUUCCUCAGACAUCGUGCAAUUUGAACUUGCAGCCAGGUUCAUGUAGUUUUUUUUCUGUGUGUGUGUGUGUGUUUUUGUCCUCUUUAUUGUAUAUAUUGAAAGUUGUAUAUGUAUGGAUAUGAGGAGGAGGAGGAGGAGAAGGAGUAGAAAUCUAUCCACUAUUUUGUCCACUGUUUUGUUUUGGAUAUGCUGUAAUAUGUUUGUGAAAACUGUCCAAAAAUUAGACUGCAGCUUUUUGCAUUUCAAACAUAUCACACACGCAGAUGCAUUUAAAAAAAAAAAUCUUUUGUAAAAUUUUUGUAAAAUCUCAUCGUUUACCUCUUUUUUUGUGUGUGUGUGCGUAAACGCAUUUGUUGUGUCCUUCACGAAUCAUGCACUAGAUGUGUCUAAUAUCCUCACACUGUACGUCUUUUUCUCAAUGCCUUCUUCUGUGUAUUCAAGCUGUAGCAAAAAGUCAACGCUGUCGCCGAAUUAGAGAAAAAUCCUAUGAUCAGUGUAUGUUUUUUAUUAUUAUUAUUAUUAUUAUUAUUUUAUUUUGGAGCGCGGUUGUGCUGCCGAGGCUUCAUCUUCUAGGUUGUCGGUGUGAUGUUUAAUCGGCGUGUUUACAGUGCUGCUCGUACACCUGUCCAUGCUUCUGUGAUGCAUUUGAGGCUACGAGUCCAAACUGUAUCUGCUACUUGCCAGGUUUUUUAAGGCUUGUAAUGUUGUGUAUAGAAAAUGCAAAUAUUGCUUACUGUGCAUAUGUAACAUAUUGAACCCCUGCAACACUGGUUCACCUUUUACUAUAUAUCUAACGCGUGUAAUAGGAGAAGAAGGAAGAAGCAUUUCUGGCAGUAUUUGCAUAACGAUGGAUAUGUUUUUCCUAAAACUGUGCACUUUUGUUUUCCUGUUUUUUUUUUUAUUAUUACUUUUAUGAAAAUCUCCAAAUUUAUUGUGCCAAGAUCAGCUACUUGGUAUAUUUUAAAGAAAACUAUACAUACAUGGAUUAAAAAAGAAAGGGGAGACGUACCUAAAAUUAAUCUAAAAUUAUACAUUCAUUUUGGUUUAAUACUCUCUCCCUAAUAUUUUAAUUAUUUUUUUUUUGUGUGUCUGUGUAAUAUAACCAUGUUCUACUUUCUACCUAAAAACUCCAGUCAGUGGUCAGCAGGCCAUCCGGCUGAAUGUGUGCCUCUAUCUGUACUCUCCAUUUCACAAACGUCCACUUGUAGAACAGCAAACUUUGUGAUGUCAUUUGAAUCUGUGCCGACCCAGGCGCAGUCAAAGCAACCAGUUAAUAUCUUCCAGCAAAUGUUUCAAAGUCACUGUUGUUGGAAAGUCUGUUUGUAAAGUCAGCCGUUUGAUGUUGCAGCAGUAUAGUAUUUGUAAUUGUAUAUUUUAUGGUAUAUUUUGCUCUUUUUCAUUUAGGAAAAAAAAACAACUAUUUUCCAGCUGAUUUGUGCUGUACAGUGUACGUUCCUUUUGUUUGUUACUGUACCGUCUUCUUUUUUUUUUUUUUUACUCGGAGGAGUUCAUCUUGUUCGUGCAGACGCAUUUUUACUUUUUCAUUUUGUCUCUCCUCUGCGUCUCCAUUUUGCUCUGCUGUCCUUCACCAGCGCUGAAGUCGGAAAUUUUUAGUCGCUCAAAACUGUAAAUUUGAAGUAAAAAAAAAGAAAAAUGUUAGAAAACUAGAUUUACAAAAAAAAAACAAAAAAAAAACUUAUUGCAUCUUCAAAAUAGGCUGCCUGACGCUUGGUUAAAAGCAGAAUAUAUUUUCUGUACCAAGGGACCAACACAUGUACAGUCUUGUAGUUUGCUCUACCUUCCACUUGCUACUGUGAUAGCCUACUGUAUGGAUAUUUAAAAGGAAUUUAUACCAACCAUAAUAAGAAUCAUAGCUGUAUUUAUGACAUGUAAAGACUUCUAAACAUGGUGUUUUGUAACGGUUACGAUGAAACACAUUAUUUGUUGUUUGUUUAAUGCUUUGUUUCCUUGUUUAGUCUGAAUCACUCUAUAACGACUGAUCUCAAACUGUUCCAGUGACUGAGGUUAGAUGGAUGUAAAGCAAAGUGUGUGUGUGUGUGUGUGUAUGUGGGUGGGUGGGUGGUUGUGUGUGUGUGUGGGUGUGUGUGUGUGUGUGUAUGUGUGUGUGCGCGGGUGUGUGUGUGUGUGUGUGUCUGUGUGAGUGAAACUGCCGCAAAAUACUUAAUGUGCAUUUCUGAUCUCCUCACUGUGAUCUGCUCUGUUGAUGAAAGUGUGACGAGAUGAGUGUUUUUGCGAGAAAGAGAUAAACACAACGUGAUGCAGUGGACUGUAUAAAGCUGGGUGAACGAUUCAUUUUACAUCGAGCUGGCGCGUAUUUGACCUCAGACUGGUGCCGCUGAGACGUUCGCUUGCAUGAAACACAAAGCGAACCAACCAGGGUGAAACCGCAAGAAGCGAGUGACGCAUUUGAAAGAACAAUGAGGUGAACAAAUGAACAACAGCCUUAUUUUACUCUCCACUACAUCUACAUCUAAAUAGACAGGGUGACUGAGCGUGAAUGUGUGUGCGAGCAUGUGUGUGCAAGCGUGCAUGUAUGUGCAUGCAUGUGUGCGUCACUGUUCCGUGCUGGCCAGGCGGCCAUGUGUGCCACCAUGCUCUGUGACUGCACAACCGUAUCAAUAAAUCUGGACUCAAAGGGCUCA